AUGACUACGAUAAAUUCGCUGGAGAUUCGGGGAAUCCGAUCAUUCACACCUUAUAGAACCGAAUUCCUUGAGUUUGAAAAGCCUUUGACACUCAUUGUUGGUAAAAAUGGCUCUGGAAAAACAACUCUGGUUGAAUCCUUGAAGGCAGUUACGUCGGGAAUAUUACCACCAGGGCAGUCUAAAGGAAGAACUUUUCUGUUCAACAAUAAACUGAACAAAUCCUCAGAAGUUAAAGCCUCAAUUAAAAUCACAUUCAAUACACACACCAACGAGACUGUCUCAGCGUCAAGGUCAUACUCAGUUACAACUGAUAAAGUUGACCCUAAAAAACUAACUUUCAAGGGAACUGAGAAUGUACUCAAUGUCAUAGCUCAAGAUGGGAAAAAAAAGAGCUUGGCAUUGAAGACUACAGAUAUGGAUAUGGCAGUCCCGUUACUGAUGGGCAUGUCAAAAGCAUUGUUAGAUAAUGUCAUAUUCUGUCACCAAGAUGAAAAUAACUGGCCACUUGAUGAUCCAAGUAAAAUCAAGUCAAGAUUCGAUGAUUUGUUGGAGACGUCAAGAUAUACAAAGGCGUUACAAUCGAUCCAAAGAGCAAAAAGAGAACAAGAAGAUAUGAUUAUACUAAAAAAGUCCAAAUUAGACGCUUACAAGUCACAAAUUCUACAAAUAGCUGAUCUCAAGAAGCAGUUGGAAACGAGUAGACAGGAAAUAUCCAAAACAAAGGCUGAAAUAGAUUUGACGCAAAAACACUUGAGCCUUAUGAAUGAACGAAUGUUGUCAAAGAAGAAAGAGUUUGAGGAAUCUUCGUCUAAAUUUAACGAAUACUGUGAUGCCGAAUUGACAUAUCAGAGACUUAAAAAGGAAUUUGACACAAUGCAUGAACAGUUAUCUGAGAUAUAUGAAGAGCCACUGGACCAGAUUCGGGGAUAUUAUACCGCAUUGUCUAAUGAACUUGAGAUUUCUGAAGUUAAAGGUGCAAACUUGGCUAAGUCCGUCGAAUUAAUGUCAGUGAGCCUCAGUGAACAACAUGAAAAAUUAAGAAAAAUCAAUUCACACGAGGGCAAUUUGAUAGUCUGGAGGGAAAAGUAUUCAUCAAAUUCCAAGAGAAUAACUGAAAUUACAAGUGAAAUUUCACAAGAAUUUGCCAUAAAACUGGAGGAUUUAGAUGAGGAGACUAUCCAGCUAAAAAUCGACUCGUUAUUUGUGCCAACAGUUGAUGAAAAUAUUUUAAACGAGGAGACCCAAAAUUUGGAAAAUGAACUAAAGAAACUACAAGCAUCACUUCUAAACACCACUGGCAAAAUAGCUGCAUUUAAUGUUAUGUUGAAAACAGUGACCACAGAGCUUAAGGAACAUGAAUCAGUAGCGUCCGAGUUUGAAACAGUUAAUCAACAUAAAAAUAACUUAAAUAAAGACCUGGAAACUCUUGGUGAAGAUAUAAAAACACUAGAAAAUCAAUUAAACGAUUUGUAUAUGAAGAAGGAAGACAUGUUAUGUAAAGGGUUUAGAAUGAAGAACAUGAUAAUGAUCAAAACUGAUAUCAACAAAGAGGAGAUCACCUCAGCCAUCAAGUUUCUAAACUACAUACUAGCCAACGACUCGAAACACGUGGAGUCUUAUAACAAGGUGCUCAACAGUUUGAAUCUGGACGAAAACAAACUCAUCCAAGCUGUUAAAAGGAUAUUUGAUGAGUUGUUUAUUAAUGACGAUAAGGUAUUAAAGGACAUCUACGACGCUGUUAACAGAUUAUACAAGUCAUCAAAAAUUAAGGCGUCGUGUGGAAAAUGUGGAACUGAGGUUGAGUUGUUGCUGACUGACAUGUCAUUUGAGCCAUACAACGAGUUAAUAAGAAUAUUAACAAAUAACAGAAUAAAAGAGUAUAUAAAAUAUUUUGAAAAGGUUUUAACCGAUGACAAAGAUCAAGGAGAUGACGGUUUCGAGAUUAAUGAGUAUAACAUGAUAUUACACGACAUAACAACUUUGAAGCAGAAUUUAUUAAACAAAAAGACUGCCGUUGAAGUGAAGACCAAAGAUUUACAGCAAACCUUGAUUAGACUGGAGAAAAUUUCCGAGGCCACCACUAAACUUGCCAAGUCAAGAGAUGAGCAAGCGUUUAUCAUAGCCGAAAAAGAUAAAAUCACAACUGAAACCAUUGAACUCCAAACGCAUGUGGAUAGUGUUAACAAUAAACUGAGACAGAAUAAAUCAGAUUUGAAUACACUGCAAAACACACGAAACUUAAAGUAUACCAAGUUUAAAAGUAUGUUUGACGAGUUGCUCAGUCUGAAUGAAAUUAACAAGGAGAUACAAUUGAGAAUUAACGAAUGUCCAACAAACAUCUCACAAAAAAUCAAAACACUACACCAAAUCAUAGACCGACUCAAUGAAGGCCUCAAGGCCACUAAGGAUAAACAAACUGCUCUACUAAAUGAACUGAAGGAAAAAAGGAGAUUAUACGAACUCCUGGUGGAAAAUAUAACUUACAAGGAACAUGAACAGACACUACUCGAAAGUCAAUCACGUCUCGAACAACUAAAAUCCGAACUCAGUGGUAAGGACGUGAAGGAGAUUAGGGCUGAUUAUGAUAAAAUAGUAGCCGAGUGUUCGGCACUAUCGCAUAAAAUUGCGACUUUGAAUGGAAUGUUAAUAUCGAGAGAGGAGAACGCGGCAAAGUUCACGGAGACUUUAAACAGUGCCAUAUACACUAAGGCGCAGUCUCAGUACAUGGAAACGUAUAUAGAAUUAAAGUCGCACAUAGUGGCGAAAACGGACUUGGAUAAAUAUUACAAAUACCUCGAAUCCUCACUACACAACUAUCACCUAGACAAGAUAAAUCAUAUAAACUCGUCUUUAAAGAGGAUUUGGAGGGAAGUUUACACCGGAACACACAUCGACUAUAUCCAAAUACAAUCGAAGGUGGAUAAGGAUGUUUUACCCACUGAAAUAUCAUCACAUUCCUACAGUUACAGAGUUGUAAUGGUGACACCCAGUGGAGUGGAACUGGAUAUGAAGGGACACUGCUCAGCUGGUGAACGAAUUCUGUCAUCAUUGGUUGUGAGGAUGGCACUCAUCGAGUGUUUCAGCGCCCAUUGCACAAUCCUAGCACUAGAUGAACCCACCACCAACUUAGACCGUGAUAACAUCCAAGUAUCUAUAGAGCUAAUUGUGCAUUGUGAAUGUUGUUUAGAGUCUGGAGAAUUCACUGAGUAGGUUGGUGAACGAGUCGAGCAUGAACUUCCAACUCAUGAUCAUAACCCAUGACGAAGCGUUUGCGAACAAAAUGGCAACUCUGUGCUCCUGCGACAAGUACAUCAAACUUGAAAAAAACGACACCUUCACAAAAAUCCGAACCAUAAGAUUUUAACACUAUUA